AUGAUUCUGAAAGUGCCGCUCAGGCUGGUCAAGAAUAUAGUCGGCUGCUUCUUUCUUGUGCUGUUGUUGUUUGCUCUGUAUAUGCGCUAUGAUUACGAUAAUUGGUAUCGCUCAUCGGGGGAUAGGGCAUUGGCUCGCAUGAAUUUCUCAAUAGCUACAACAGCGAGAACAGCCCGGAAAGACGCAACCCUUAUAAUGCUAGCUCGCAAUGAGGAGCUGGAAGGUGUGCUGUCUUCGAUGAGACAGCUGGAGAGCUCGUGGAAUAACAAAUACCAUUAUCCAUGGAUAUUCUUCAACAAUGAGCCGUUUACCGACGAGUUUAAGGCGCGCACGCAGGAAGAGACGAAUUCCGAGUGUCGUUACGAACUAAUCCCAAAGGAACAUUGGGAUGUACCCGAAUGGAUCGAUAGUGAGCUCCUUGAGACAUCGAUGCGGAGGAUGAAAAGUCAAAGGAUCAAAUACUCGGCUCGGCUGGGCUAUCAUCAAAUGUGCCGAUGGAACUCGGGCUUUUUCUACCGACACCCAGCCCUGGAAGAUUAUAGAUAUUACUGGCGCGUUGAGCCGAAUGUGAAAUUCUUCUGCAACCUCGACUACGACCCGUUCCAAUUCCUUGCCGAUAACAACAAAACAUACGGUUUCACAAUCAACGUAUACGACGACCCCCUAUCAAUCACCACCCUUUGGCCCGAGACAAUGACCUUCCUAGACGCUCAUCCAAACUACCUCAGCGCUGAUAAUUCGAUGUCAUGGCUAACAGACCGCACGCUGCGCCCUGAGCACACCGAAGCCGCCAAUGGCUACAGCACGUGCCAUUUCUGGAGCAAUUUUGAGAUUGCAGACAUGACAUUCUGGCGCAGUCCGCAAUACCAGGAGUACUUUGAGCACUUGGAUCGUGCGGGUGGGUUCUUCUAUGAGCGCUGGGGGGAUGCGCCUGUACAUAGUGUUGCGUUGGGGUUGUUUGAGGACAACUCUCGGAUUCAUUGGUUUCGAGACAUCGGCUACCAACAUCCUCCCUUUAUAAACUGCCCCGACACCCCGAAUUGCAACAGCUGCCAAGCAAAUAUAUUCACGCACAGCUGGAGUGUUAUAAAUGAAGACUGUCGCGUAAACUGGUUUAAGCAGAUGUGCGAGAGUCGUCGGAAACACAGCACUAAUAAUAACCUAACCUCUGAGGAGGAGGAGAUAUGUCGUCAGCUAUAUUCUAUUAGCUGA